CAACCUUCACUGUCGCACCAGAUAACUAACAACGGAGUACCUCGAGGUGCUUUACAGACUCUGGUUAUCUCACAGAACCCAUCUCCCCAUUGUCGCUGUCUAUGCGGAGUGCUAAUAGCCAGCGCUAUUCGCGACUUUCAUACGAACCCCGCCCUCUACCUCUACCGCGUUUCCACCAACACACAGAUAAAACAGAUAUAAAAUGGCGAUAUCAGAAGAGCGUCAGAACGCCAUGGAUAAGAAGGCAAAUCAAAUCAUGUCCGUCGUGCUGCCCCUGGUCGAGGCUGCCGGCAUGGGUCUAGCAACAUAUGUCGUCGUCUAUCGGAUCUGUCUAAACGCGCUGAUCCAACCGAUCCCAAAAUACACGAACCAUGGUUUCGAGCCGAGACGAGCGACGGGUAUCGGACUACUCGUUGUCUACCUCCUUCUUCUAGUUGUCUUUUGCAUAACCUUUCUGCGUCUUUUGCAAGUCAUCUGGACUAAUCCUGGAGUGACUCCACUCGGCGAACCUUCUUCAGAGAAAAGCACCGCUUCAACGAAACAUUACGAUCGCCUCGAUGCCUACAUCUGCGAUUAUCAAGGAUGGCCUUUGUGGUGCGACAAAUGUCACAGUUUCAAACCAGAUAGGACCCACCACUCCAAACAAUUGGGAAGAUGUGUGCGGAGGAUGGAUCAUUACUGCCCUUAUGCUGGCGGAAUUAUAUCAGAGACUACACACAAGUUCUUCGUACAAUUUUUGUUCUAUGGAUUUCUUUAUACCGGAUUUACCUUGAUUGUGGUGGCCUACUUCCUGGCUGAGCGCCAUCGUGUCUUGCAUUCGGCUCCAGGAACAUGGGUAGUCGCCGUAGCACUCGCUGGUCUUUUUUUCCUCUUCACAUUCGGCAUGUUUGCCACGACAUUCUACAACCUUUCUAUCAACCAGACCACCGUCGAGGUCAUGCAGCGGGACUUUGUUCACCAGGUUGCACUUCGUGGAGGCAAUCUCAAUCCCCCAAACACCACAUCCGAUCAAUCCGUCGUACUCUGCGAAGUUAGCCGUAGCCCAACACGCUCUUACAUCGUGGUCCAAACGGAACUUGGUACCGGAUUGUGGGAUCUAGGGCCGCUUGCGAAUAUCAGGAGCAUCAUGGGAGAUUCUCUCAUCGAGUGGUUUGUACCUUUGCGAAUGAGCCCUUGUUUACAUCAUCGUGAUCAUUCAGGCGAAUUCCCAUGGGGCCGAAAGGUGGUUCGUUUAAUGGAAGAACAUGGCGCUGGCACCUCAUACCGACGAACACGUCGACGGUCGGGAGGUGCACAUGCUGCUUGAACCACCACCCUAGCUCGCGCUUUCAUCUGUUCGAAUUUUUCGUUUUUGGCAUAGCGUUGAUACCCUAGCGUUCUCACGCAUACAGUAAUACAUCUUUAAACCAAUUCCCUAUUCAUUGACUGAUUGUAAAAUCACUCUUCUUGAAUU